AUGGUGGAGAUCCGGAGAGGCUGCCGGGUACAGGCUGCUGCUGGCGGGGACCGAUGGAUCCUCCCCCAGGGCACGGCCAUCUCAGACCUCCUCGUGGAGGAACUGGAGCGCCGGGUCAAAGUGCCUGGAAGACAAGGACGGAUGCCGGGCGGCCCUGCCCCCACCACCCAUCUACCUGGGAAGCGCGUCUGGCCAGCUGACCCCUGGGCCACGUCCCUCAGAACCUUCUCAGACACGUACAUUCUGAUGCUUCUGGCAGCGCUGUCCGUGGGGCGCAGGGGGGCGGCCGGCAGCACAUCAGCCACUGUCCUUGACCCCCAGCCGCGUCUUUCUCACCAGCGAUGCUCCCAACACCGCGUGGUCUCCGGGAUGAGACGCUGGCUGCUACUUGGCACGGCGUCUGGCAACGAGGAGCUACGCGCUGCACUCCGGUCCGGCAGCACGCAGCUGUGGCAAGAAGACUCUGUGGUGAUGGGGCAGGAAGAGGUGGAUGGAACAAAGGACCGGAACGGAGAUGGAUUUCUGACAAAGGUACAGAGGCACCUCCGUGGAGAAAGCAGUCACUUCCAGAGCACCCCAGCGUCCUGUCGCCAGUUUGCCAUCAAGGUGACUGUGGUGGCAGAACCUUCCCAGCCAGGUGUCCUGACCCCAGACCACAGGGCAGCCUCCUGCUUCCUCGCCUUCCUGAACGAGGCAGGCGUGGCCAGCCUUGGUCCUCUGCUCCGCGUUCCCACGUUACCGAUCGGAGCCAGCAUGCCCAAGGAGAAAAGUCCGGUGCCCAACUUGAUAGAGAAGGGCCUGAUCAUCCUCCGGAAAGUGGCCAGCCGGGACGCACAGACCCCAGACUGGAAAUGUCACCAAACACAGCGCUCCCUCCGCAAGUCAGCUCAGGCCAUCAGCUGCUACUACAAGAAGAUGAGAGACGUCAAGGAGGACGCCAGCCCCCAGGACAGCGGCUUCCUGUCUGAAUUGGAGGAGCUUCGGGGCAAGUUUCUCACGCGUCCGGGCUGUCCCCAGUUCAGCACCAGGUCCACGUCCAUGACCCACUACGGCUCAGCCGUGACCCCCUCUCUGCCUGAGGAUACGUGUGUCAGCCCUGAGGCCUGGAAGGUGACCGAGGACCUGCUCUCCAGCCAGCAGGGCUCGGAUGUGAAGGUGGACGGCCGCCGCCUUCCCUUUAGUAAGAGUGCCUGCGAGUUCAAUUACCUGAGGAAGAAGAGUGAACCCCAGGUGUUGAGCCCAGGCUCCAGCAGCCCGGUCCUAGGGCAGAGCUACCCGAGGAAGCGGGUACCCUGGUACAUCUCCGUCAUCCACGAGAAGGACCAGUGCCUGUUCACGCUGGGGGAGGAAGUCCAGCGCCUCUCAGAGCUGGAGGAGCAGGUUCAGAAGAAAGACGAGGAGAUCCUGGCGCUUCAGGAGGAGAGAGAGGCCUUGAGGAAGCAUCUGAGAGGCCUCCUGAGGAGCAAAAGCCAGGAGGCCUCACUGAGCCACGUCACGAGGGAACAGCUGUCGGAGUUGGCAGCAAAGCUGCAGGGGAGACUGAGCACCCUUAGACCCUCCUUCAGAGAUGAGGAAGAGCUGGAACACAGGCACCAGGUGCAGGGAGAGCACGCCGUGACUGACAGAGGCAAGGACCUGGAAGGAGGCAGCUACGAGGAGGAAGAGGGCCUGGAAGGGGAGGCCGAGAGGGCGGCGGACAAGGGGGCUAGGGCCGGCGCCGAUAGGAAGGGGACUCUGCAGGAGAAGCAAGGCGAGGAGGAGGAGAAGGAAGAGGAGGCGGCGAUGGUGGAGUUGGAUGAGGAGAAGGAGAGGCAGGAGGAGGAGGCUGCGGGCAGGAGGAGGGCAGGCUCCGUGGACGACAGCUUUGAGGAGGAGUUGAUGGCCCAGCUGGAGGAGUACGAGCAGCUGAUCCAGGAGUUCCAGUUCCAGCUUGAGAGCACCAGGACCAGAUACUCCCUGGCAACAGGAACCAUCACAUCAUUACAGCGACAGGUGGAAUUCCAAGAAUUCCAACUGCAGAGCAUCAACACAGAGAACGAGAUGCUGCAGAAGGAGCUGCGGGAGCGGAAGCAGCAGCUGCAGGCCAUGUCUGACAAGUUCUCCAACCUCCGGGAAGACAAGAAGCACGAGGAGAUGAUGGGGCUGAUCGGGAAGGACAACCUCCACCUCCGGCAGCACGUGUCAGAGCUGGAGAAAGAACUCACCAAACAGGAACAGACCAUCUCGGAGUUGGAGGCCAAGGUCAGCCAGCUGCAGGCCCAGGUGAACCAGAGCCAGAACCAUCUGCAGAGGUGGAAGCAGCUGCAGGAGGAGAUGCAGAACAAGAAUGAGAUGAUCCAGCACGCGGAGCAGCAGGCCCGCGUGGCCCUGGAGGGCGCCCAGUCCAGGCUCGAAAGACUAAGGAACAAGAUCAUCCAGGCCACCUUCAACUCCCUAGGGUUCAAGUCCUUGGCCACUGAGAUCUCUGAUAAUGACAUCCUGGAAGCCUUGCAGAGGAUCAUCUCAGAGAGAACCGACUACUACAACCAGCUGAAACAGAAGGGGGUCAAAAUGCCCCCCCUGCAGCAGUCGGAAAUCUUAUCCUCGCCCAGCAAGUCCAAGAAGAUAACCUCCAAGUAG